CGCUCCUGUGUGCCGAGGCGUCCCGCCGCCUGGCCCCCCCAUCCCCCCGUCCCUUCUCCUCAGGUGUCCCUCGGCGGCCGGCAGAGGCGGCAGCAUGUCGGUGGCGGGGCUGAAGAAGCAGUUCUACAAGGCGAGCCAGCGCUCGCCCCUCCGCCUCGGUGACACCCCCCCCCCCGCUGCCGCCUGCCCGGGCCGGCUCGGUGCUGCCCUGAUCGCCGCCGUUAUCCCGGUCCGUGUCCGCCGGGCAUCGCCCUCCGGUACCCGUGCCCGGUGUCCCCUCGCCGAUGUCCGGUGUGCCAGCUCAGCACCUCCCGUUGGUCAGCGAGAAGGUCGGAGGGGCCGAAGGGACCAAGCUAGACGAUGACUUCAAGGAAAUGGAAAAGAAAGUGGACCUGACCAGCAAGGCAGUGACAGAAGUAUUGACCAGAACAAUAGAGUACCUCCAGCCAAACCCAGCUUCCAGAGCCAAGCUAACCAUGCUCAACACGAUGUCGAAGAUCCGCGGGCAGGUGAAGAACCCCGGCUACCCGCAGUCAGAAGGGCUGCUGGGGGAGAGCAUGAUCCGAUACGGCAAGGAGCUGGGCGAGGACUCCAACUUCGGCGACGCGCUUCUUGAUGCUGGCGAAUCUAUGAAGCGGUUGGCUGAAGUGAAGGACUCGCUGGAUAUUGAAGUCAAACAAAAUUUUAUUGAUCCCCUCCAGAACCUGUGUGACAAAGACCUGAAAGAGAUCCAGCACCAUCUCAAGAAGCUGGAAGGCAGACGCUUGGAUUUUGACUACAAGAAGAAACGACAGGGCAAAAUCCCCGAUGAGGAACUGCGACAGGCCAUGGAGAAAUUUGAAGAGUCGAAGGAAGUAGCAGAGACCAGUAUGCACAACCUCCUAGAAACUGAUAUCGAGCAGGUGAGCCAGCUCUCGGCCUUGGUGGACGCCCAGCUGGACUACCACAGGCAGGCAGUGCAGAUCCUGGACGAGCUCGCGGAAAAACUCAAACGCAGAAUGAGGGAGGCCUCCUCGCGUCCCAAGCGGGAAUACAAACCCAAACCCAGGGAGACGUACGACUUCGGAGACGCUGACCAAUCUAACGGGGGCUUCUCUUGCAAUCCUACCCCCAAAGUCUCAGCUUCCUCCUCUUUCCGAUCCGACAAGCCGUCCCGGGCCUCCGUCAGGAGUAUCCCCCCCCUGGACCAGCCCUGCUGCAAGGCUCUCUACGACUUCGAACCCGAAAACGAUGGCGAGCUGGGCUUCAAGGAGGGCGACAUCAUCACCCUGACCAACCAGAUUGACGAAAACUGGUACGAGGGCAUGAUCAACGGCCAGUCGGGCUUCUUCCCCCUCAACUACGUGGAAGUGCUGGUUCCGCUACCUCAGUGAAACGGCAUCGCUCCCGUCCCCCCUCCGCUCGCGCGGGGCCGAUCCUCCAUUCCAUCUCCAUCCUGAUGCUGGCCCUCUCCGGCGGCGAGCCGGGCUGUCUCUGCGUCACCUCGGGGCGAGUUUGCCACCAGGGAACAAGCCAGAAGGGUCGACGGGCCCCCUCACCCCCCGUGAAUUUGGUUAUUUUAAUUUUUUUUUUUUUUUUUUUUGUCCUUCUGGUGCUUGAACUUCGGUACUUUGCGCACCCUGCCAGGUCCCCCCCCGACCGUACGGUUGCCGCAGGCCUCUCCCUGUCCAGUUUUUGUCUUCCCUUUGGGUCAAGCAUCCGGAUGAGCCAGGUGGGAGAGCCGGGAUGCAUCCUUCACGCUGAGCAUCAGCGCGGGGAGGUUUGGGGCAGGGGGGACGACAAAGCAGCCCCCAGCCUCACCGAGGGCGAAGCCCUUCGCCCCCCGCCCCGUUGAACACUACCCCUCUCCCUGCGGGUGCCCAGCCUCCCUACGCCCAGCACCACCGCAGGACCCCGGCUCUCCCCGCUCCCGGGGGCUCGGAGGGGGGGGGAUGCCGUGGCACAGCAACACUACGCCACCCAUCAAACACUAAGCCAGCCCCGCGGCGCGGGUGCUGAGCCCCGCCUGGGGUGCUGAGCCCUGCCGGGGGGUCUGUGCCAUCCCUGCCCACUCUGGAGGGACAGAGCAGGGAUGCUCUCAGCACCCCUCCCCACAGAGCUCAGCUCCAAAGGGGGUGGCUGUUCCCUUCUGCCCUUGAUUUUAAGUAUUUUAAGCCAGGUUUCCUCGUGCAAACCCUACCGCGUCCCCCAGAGCUGGGGGGUGAUUUGGGGGCGGGGGGGGGGGGGAAUUGGACCACAGCCCGGGGUCUGCCCACGGCGGGGCAGAGCGGGUCGGGGUUCCUCUCCCCCAACGGCUCCGCGCUUCCUCUCCCGGGGAGCCGUCGACACCCCGUGCGCUGCGGGGCUGGGGCUCCCCUCAUCCUCACGUGCCUUCCCUGCGCCCCCCGCCUCUGCCCCGCAGCGACCCUCCCCGUGGCGGGGGGGGAGCAACGCGCCCCCCACCAGCCACCAGCUUUGGUGGGAAAAGGUGUCGUACGCCCCAGCGCCGCUCCCGCGCCCCAAGCCUCCCCGUGUGGUCUGUAUGACGGGGGGGGGGUGUCAGAAUGGGGCCCGGCCGUGGCAGCGCUCACCCCAUCUCUCACUCGACUCCGUGGUUUUCCUUGCUAAAAACGUGGUCUCUUCCCCCUCUCCCUGGGCCUUGCCCGGGCUCCGGCACCUCUCGGCUGGCACCGUCCCCGCCUGGCCGGGGGGGCCCCGAGCCCCAGCUCCGCACCGGGGAGCACGUCCCCGUCCCCGCUGCUCCCGCCUCCUGUUACAGUUACGCACCCCCUUUUUAACGAUUUUAACCGUGCAUGUCGAUGCGUGUCCGAUCUCCUGCCGCGCCGCGCUCCGAGCGGGCUGAGCGGUGACCCCAGUCCCGGAUGCGGGGAAGGGGGGGCACGGGGCAGCUCCCCCUCGCUCCCGGCGGCGCGGGGAGCCCAAGGGACCCGUGUCCUCUGUCCCCUCCCCGGUGGGGACCUGGGUCACGUCCCGGGAACGCUGGCUCCCGCUCAGGUGGAUUGAAAUGCGUUUUGUCGGCUGGGACAACUUGCUAGACUUUUUUUUUUUUUUUUUUUUCUUUUCCCUAAUGGUUUCUCCUGGUUUUUAGGGAAAAAAAAAAAAAAAAAAAAAAGAUGACCCACAGAUCUUGACUUGUAUCUCUGAAUGAAAGUAUUAAAUGUUUUCUUCUUUCUAA